ACAAGCUCUUUGUGGUUGACUAGCGGCAACGCACACAUGUAUGUAAUAUUUUUCACAUGCUCUGCUGUACUUGUAUGGUUUUUAUUUCACUAAAACAGUAGUAUGAUUUUUUUCAAAGUUUUUAAUAUAUUUUACAUUUUACAAAUGUCAGCAUUUUGUGUUGAUUCAAAAAUGAUGGAAUGCGAGUCUCGACAUCAACCCAUUAAUGGAGAAUCAGUAUUCAAAAUAUCCAAAAAUUGGAAUAAAGCUGUAGAGGUGUAUAGAUGUCAUGAUGGAUACGUGUUGAUUGGUUAUAAUAAACAAACUUGUAUGGAUGGAAAGUGGUCUGGACUUGUGCCAUUGUGUAUUCCAAACGGUAACGGUAGUCUAGAUAAAAAUUUUAGCUCGGCGCAUAAUUGGUUUUCUUUCAGGCACAUUUUAAAUUUUAAUAAAACGAAGCAUUCAAAAAUAAACGUGAAAAAUAUAAAAAAUACGUUAAAAAAAAAAUAUGUCGAUGUCAAGGCUUUUAAGAGUACAGCUCAUACAAUGACAUUUCAAAAGGAUAUGAUUAGAAAUUCCAAUGAAGAUUAUUCUUUGGAGGACUAUGAUAUGAGCUGCUUGUUUCCAAAACGAUUCAGAAAGAAAUUUAUAAAAGCUCCUUCAUUUUCCAAUGCCCGUGUGAAAAACUAUAUAAUGAAAAGAAAUAAUCUGCAACCGUAUAACAAGUACAUCGAAGCAAUAUAUAGUUGCAUUGAUGGUUACGUUUUGGAAAAUAACUUUCAAAAUAAACUCUUUUGUAGAAGAAGACGUUGGAUUGGUUUAAAACCAGCGUGCAAAACAAACAUCACGACAGUAUAUUUUAACAAUCAUCAAGUGGAUGCUUAUAUUAAGUGCCCUCCAGAGAAGAACUUAACUAUACCCGAGGGGAAAAAAUCCAUCGAUUUCAUAGUAGAACCUCCAGAAACUAACUACAACUGGCAGAGUUUUGGUUCUUUAAGUUUCGGUUGGAGCAAAGUAAGUCCAAAAUCAUUAGUGCCAGGAUUAUAUGUAAUUACCUACUCAAUUCAAAAUGAAGACAUUGAUAUAGUAUCGUGUCGGACAUCUAUUCGUGUUAUAGAUAAAGAGCCUCCUCAAGUGUAUGAUUGCCCUUUGUAUUUAGAAAUAUCUGAACUUUUCAUAAAAAAUGAUGUUUUACCAAUUGUAUGGCAAGAACCUACAUUUCUUGAUAAUGUAGGGGUCAGUCGAAUAACUAAAUCUAUGGAAUCGGGAGAGUUACUUCAUCCCGGGUCGUAUAAUGUUUCAUACACAGCUUUAGACGAUUCUGGUAACACAGCAUCAUGUAAUUUUAUACUAGAUAUUAAAAAUCAAACUGUAUUCAAUAUUGCACCAGCAAGUGAAGUUUUAAUAGAUGUUAAAAACGAUUAAAUUGUAUUUAUUCUCGAUAUUUUGACGUAUUUUCAUGUUUAUAAAAU